AUGGCUACUGCGUCGCAAAAGAUGGCAAAGGCAGCCGCCAAGCUUGGUCCAGAAUUCGUAUCAACACUCAACCCCGUCGUGAACGGGAUUCCAUCUGCCAGUGCAGUCCUCCACCGCUCACUGAAAAGCGCGCCGCCACGUGUGGUAUCAGCAAAGGGCAAGUAUCUAACAUUUUCUGAUGGCCGAACCAUCUUGGAUUCAACAUGCGGCGCAGCAGUAGCAUGCAUAGGAUCGAACAAUGAACGAGUCAAGAAAGCCAUGGUUGAGCAAAUUGACAAGUUUGCCUAUUGCAACUCCAUGUUCUUUGGCCACGAGAUUGGGGAGAAGCUUGCUGAUGAACUCAUUGACGGCACAGGCGGUGCCAUGUCGAAAGCGUACAUCAUGUGCUCAGGCUCUGAGGCUAUGGAAUCCGCAAUGAAGAUGGCACGACAGUAUUUUAUGGAAUUAUCUCCUCAACAGCCAGAGCGGAUCAAUUUCAUUGCCAGAGAAGGAUCAUACCAUGGUACAACUCUUGGUUCGCUGUCAAUGAGCGGGCAUGUCGCGCGGCGGAGUCUCUUCCUCGAUAUGCUGCUUCCGAACAUAUACAGAGUGUCAGCUUGCAACCCGUACCGCGGUAUGAGCGAGGGUCAGACCGAGCAGGAAUACGUCAGUCAACUGGCCGAUGAGCUGGACCAGAAAUUCCAAGAGCUUGGCCCCGAUUCGGUAUGCGCAUUUGUCGCAGAGCCUGUUGUUGGUGCAACUCUGGGUUGUAUUCCAGCUCUGCCUGGAUAUUUCAGGGCUAUUAGAAAAAUCUGCGACAAGUAUGGCGCCCUACUUAUCUUGGAUGAGGUCAUGUCCGGCAUGGGUCGCUGCGGCUCUCUGCAUGCGUGGCAACAAGAGGGAGUUAUCCCUGAUAUCAAGACACUUGCUAAAGGUCUCGGCGGCGGUUACGCGUCCAUGGCUGGUAUGCUCAUCAAUCACCGUGUGGCUGAUGCUCUCAAGAAUGGAAGCGGCUCAUUUUCACACGGACAUACUUAUCAGGGCCAUCCUGUUGGAUGCGCUGCUGCUCUCGAAGUCCAGCGAAUCAUCCGGGAAGAGGAUCUCGUCGCAAACGUUCGAAAACAGGGCGCUCUGCUUGAGAAGCAGUUGCGGUACUACCUAGAUGACCACCCUCAUGUUGGCAACAUCCGAGGCAAAGGCCUCUUUUGGGGGAUCGAGUUUGUCAUGGACAGAAUUACCAAAGAACCUUUCCCAAGAUUUGAGGAUAUUGCGAACAAAACUCAUCUUGUUGGAUUCAACGACUUCAGCAUCAGCUUGUAUCCAGGGAUGGGAACGAAAGAUGGUGUUCUGGGCGAUCACGUCCUUCUUGCGCCUGCAUACACUAGUACAAGCGAAGAGAUUGAGGAAAUCGCGUCCAGAACUCGAGAUACUGUCUUUCAGGUAUUCGAGAGUAUUGGGACUGCCACUCGUGGUUGA